AUGAGCAACAACCAUGCUUUGCCCUCCAAUUUCGUGUUUCGUGGAAUUGUGUUGAAUUUCUUGAACCCACUCAAUAACGAGCAUCAAAAGUUAUUACUCGGAAGAAAAAUCACGAUCAACUCUGAUCAACAUUUGAUGGAACUGAUCCGAGACAAAUUAAAUGAAGUCGGAACCCUAUCAAGUGUGCAAUUUGAUUUAUCGGGAGCUUUGUUUGAAUAUGAAAAUCCUAAUCACAGAGAGUCUUAUCUCCGAUAUAAUAGCCUGGAUGAUAUUUCAGGUUUUACUGAUAAACCUAUUCAAAUCAAAAUUUCAUCCAUCAGCAUGAUGAAAAAGCAAGAAAAAGUUGUCCAGGAGUCAGAUCAUCAUGUCCCUUCCAGCAGCAGUAGCGAGGAAGCGGAUCAAAGCACAUCCAGCCUCACGCAGCGUUUAACUUUGUGUGCCAAUGACGAGUUUAGCGAGUAUUCUGAACAAUCGGAAGACAAUGCAAUUUAUGGAGACACAGAAUUGUUAGAAAAUUCAGUAUUAAGUAUGCAACGUGUCUCAAGAUGGAACGGAAGAUAUGAGCCAAGAAAUGUUAUUGGUUCUGGAGGAUUUGGACAAGUUUAUUUAUGUAAUGAAUACGCCUUUAACGGGACCCACAAAGGAACAGUUGCGGUCAAAUUGAUUCCCUUGCUCGGCUCAGUAGAGGACUUCAAUAAGAAAAUUAAGGCAACAAUUCUCAUGCUAAAAUUGAGACAUGAAAAUUUGGUACCUGCCCUAGAUAUCUUUGAAAUUUAUAACAAGGAUACCCUUGAGAAUUCACUAGAAUGCCUACCAGAAGAAAUUAUUUAUUCCAUCAUGAAAGAUUUACUUACCGCCCUUAAUUACCUCCAUACAGAUGUUGGUAUUGCGCACAGAGAUAUUAAACCAGCCAAUAUUUUCUUAGAGAAAAUUAAUUUACAAAAAAAGACAGUAAAGGCAGUCAUUGGGGAUUUUGGAGUUGCAAAAGAGAUGCCACAUUCAGACAUGAGUCUAAAUGGUACAGUGUGUGGAAGCCCUAUUUUUGUUUCUCCUGAGGUUAUACUAGGAAAAUAUAACUUGAAAUGUGACCUCUAUAGCCUCGGAGUGGUUCUCUAUCAAAUGUUGAGCUUAGAUCUUGAAUCAAAUUUAAUCAAAACUUGCUUCUCGAAAUUUCCCCUUACAUCAUUGAUGGAAGCCAACAACGCAUCCAUGUUUUUAAAAAACUUUACAGAACAGAUGAUCAUGAGAAAUUAUACAAAAGAAACCACUACCUUGAAACGGUUAAAAGACAUGAUGUACUUGAUGUUGACAUACAAUUACAGGAAAAGGCCAAGUGCAAAAUACUUUUUGGAACAACUUGAAAAAAAAGGUAUUCGAAAAUUAUUUGGAUUCAAAAAUUAG